GAUACAUGCUAGCAACAAAAUGGACUGGCGGUAGUUAGGACGUCCAGUUAACAUAACCAUUCCUCUAUCUUUGUGUUCUGUUUGUUUUCAAAAGUACUUUGUACUUAGUCCCAGUUAAACUCUCCUGCAGUCAGUCUUAUCACUCAGUAGUUGCCUUCGUGGCGAGUAUCGUAGCCAGUCUCUUUGUACUCGACAACGUUUGAUUCUCCCGCUGAUGGUCCGUUAGCCAUGGAGGGUUCAUCCUCUCGUCUAUCUACCCACGAUGGACCCCUGUGGCAGGCGGGCAGGAGAGACUCCGGCGGGGAUGCAGAGUCUGACUCUGCCCGGGACGUGAAAACACACUUUCGCGUCUGUCGCUUCAUCAUGGAAACAGGGGUGAAGCUGGGUAUGCGCUCGGUGCCUGUGGCCACAGCGUGUGUGUUAUACCACCGUUUCUUUGAACGUGUCAGCAUGCGUGCGUAUGAACCGUACUUGGUGGCCAUGAGCUGUGUGUACCUAGCCGGCAAAGUGGAGGAGCAGCACAUCAGGACCCGUGACAUCAUCAACGUAAGCCACAGGUAUUUCAACAGUGGCAGCGCCCCUCUAGAAUGUGACAAGGAGUUCUGGGACCUGAGGGACAGCGUGGUGCAGUGUGAGCUCCUCAUCCUCCGACAGGUCAACUUCCACGUCUCCUUUGAACACCCUCACAAGUAUUUACUUCACUACCUGUUGUCUGUGAAGUCGCUGGUGAACCGCCACGCCUGGUCCCGAACCCCUGUGGCUGAGACUUCCUGGGCAUUGCUUAGAGACUGUUACCAUGGAGCCAUGUGUAUCCGCCACAAACCUCAACACAUUGCCAUUGCGACGCUGUACCUGGCUUUGAACAGCUACGGAGUGGAGCUUCCUGUCGGGGAGAGAGAGUGGUGGCAGGUGCUGUGUGAGGACGUGACCAAAGCAGACAUCGAUGCUGUGAUUUCAGACCUUCUUCAGCUCUACGACAUGGAGGCCAAGUGUAUCUAAAGGACUCGCCUACAGACCUGCACUGAGGAGACACAUGGGAGCUGAUCUGUCUGUGUGUGUUUACUUGACUUUGUUUAAUCGUAGCAUGAAUGUGUGUGUCUGUAUGUGUGUUGUUCUCUGCAUGUAAUGGUUCAGGUGAGUUUGUGUAUAUGUGUGUGUGUGUGUGAGAGACAGAGACAGAGAGAGAGAGAGAGAGAGAGAAGAGCACGUUGUAUUGCCCCAGUUAGUCUGUGAGCUGUGACAAAAACACACCUGCACUACCGACUCCUGCCACCAUGGGGAGACAUUUCUUGCUUUGUGCUCUCUGAUCCCUCAGCCCUGCAGAAUACUGAUGUGCUGUGGACUAAAUCAUCAGUACCAGGCUUUUCAAAAACACCUCAGCCCUCAGCACCAGCAACACCGUCACACUCCACACCUAACAUGUUUUAACUACAAAUGCCUCUUUAUGGAUUUGAGCUCAAGUUCAUCAUCCAUUGUUAUAAAUGAUUCACCAAUAACUCCAACAAAGCACUGCAAAUUCAGGGGAAUAGUGACAUUAGUUUGAUAUCUAUUAUUAAAUGAUAUUUUCUUUACACAUCCGUUCAUUCAGAUAAAGCUAGACAAUAAUAAAAAUGUAGCUGAGGUGAAGUUUUGAAUGUCUGAGCAUCCAGAGAACCUCACUGCAUAAAUCUACAUAUUAACAAGGACAAUUAGAUUUUCUCUACUAAUAAUACAUGUCCUCAAUUUUUAAGAUACACAUUGUAACUCAUGUUGACAUUGCAUAUUAUUGUAUAAAAGUAGCUAUAUUUAAAAUAUGAAUGAAUUAAUUGACUUAACCUCUUCAUCAUAAGUGAUAUAUAUCAAGCUGAUUAUAGUGGAAUAUUGCAGUGCUGCCAUUUCCAUAGAUCUUUUAGUUAAAACACAGUUGGUAAUUUUUGGCAGAUUUAAAAUAUGUGGGGACGUGAUUUGCUGUAUGAUUUAGGCGAAUGUUUCUGCUGUUAAAAUUACAGAUAAUGUGUCAAUGUGUGUUGUUCAAAAUUCAAAUCAAGAAGCUUUAUUUGUCCUCAUGGGGCAAUUUAAAGGCCAUUAGAAGUAGACAUUAAAACACAAAACAGACAACCACUGCAAGGCAAACUACACAUGAAGAAAGACAAAAAGAAAAACAAUGACAUGAAUAAAACAUCAGUGCAAAAAACAAAACAAAAAAACAAUAACACUGCAAAACAAAACCUGUAAUAUUAUAAUGAUGAUUGUAGUAUCACAACUUGGCAGACCCUGUCCUGCCUUGUUGAUAUUCCAUGUUUUUUUUUGUAUGUGUUACUGUCCAUGAAGUGACUAAAACCAACAAUGAAUUGACAGUAUUACAAGUA